AAUGUGACCAGAAUGGCCAGAGAACUAUCCAUUUGAAACCAGGAGUAUUUCUUUAGGCUUAUUGUUCAGCGUGAACAUUGCUGUUUUCGUGGUCGAUAUACGAUGGUGUUUGUUUAAAAAAGUAUUUUAGUUUAGUGGUUGCUGGGUCAGUUCAAGUUCGCCGACGGUCUGACUAAAAAUAAUCUACGUGCGUUCGUUCGAAAUCUUCGCCAUCUUCGAGACUCAUCUUGUUGGCAGUGAAUUGAUUAUCCAUGAUGGCCAAUGACCAACAGACGUGAAGGAAAUGGCCCCUUUGGGAGCCACGAAGAUCGUUUUGUGUGCUUCUACGAUGCACCGAGCUUACAAGAAUUAGCAUCACAUGAAACAGUUCGAGCAAUAUGGCACAGCAGUUUACCAACCUAUUCUAUCAAAGAGGAAGAAACGAAUGCAAUCGACUGCAACGAUCUCCUUGAGUACAGUGAUGAUUAUAAAUGUCAGCAAUACACAAAACAAACAAUACCGUACUUGAAAGUUCAUAGUUAUGUUGAAGAAAACCUGAAAAAAUCUCUGAUAAAGUUUUGUAAAGAGAUUAGACGUUGGGUGCAACAUCUUCAGCAGAUAGUAUUUCGGCACGAAUGUUUGAGAAAAAAUCACGAAGCUCGUCGCAUUCGCAUCGAUCCAAAAUGCUGUGUUUGGUCGGUGAAUGGAACAGUCGACUCAAUCAACUAUGAGAAAAGCGCCCGAGAAAUUCUACGCAGCGGCAGUUUGACCUAUUUACAGAAAUAUCUCAUCAUGUGUGAAUUCUGCGUCGAAGAUGAAAUCAAAAACUUUUCAUUGGACACACUGCCAUCCGAAUUCAUCGAACAAGUGAAUUUCUACAGUCAUCGUUCUUGUUUCUAUUGGAAAAAUGAACUGCGUAAAACACCAAUUGAAAAUCCCGCUUUGACAGAUCUCAAUGGUGAGCCGUUACAUGAAGACUUCAAUUAUAGAUUCAGUAACGACUUUUUCUGGCGUCGAUUGAGUGCUGAUGAUCAAGUAAGAGUAGCUAAUGUUUGGAUUCGUCGAGGAUAUUGCAUCCACUACAAUUUUUUUGAACGAAUCGUUUCAACAAUGUCGUGGUAUCAUCAACAACUUUUGCUGUCCGAAUUGUCGCCAAUGUCCUCCGAAAUCAUUUCUCGUUUUGCUACGGUGGAUCGUGCAUCGCGAUUUGUACUUUGGAUGUGGAAACACCUCAAAGGUGAGAUGCCAGUAGAACAAUUUCCAAAAUUAUUUUGUGAUCUGAUAUGCCGUCCUGGAGCGUCCACGUCCACUUUGGUUCAGAUCUGGAAGAUGGCUUCUGAUCGUCAGAGAAUUUAUUUUAUUUCGAAAAUGACAGCAGACUUCAUUCACGGCUACCUUCGUGGUCAAAUUAUCAUGUAUAUUACGAUGAUGGAAGCAAUGUUUAAUGCGAGAAGAAACUUGUUGUUUCGAAAGACGAUACAAGGCGUUACUCCUUGGUACGAUCCAGAUUUAUUGAACGAGGUACUAAGUGGUAGUUUGCCAUGCUCUGAAGACCAAUUGACGUUGAUGAAAUUGGGCAUCGAUUCUUUCAGAUUUGUACUGUAUUUAGAAAAAUUAUUUUACCAUCGAAAUCUUAAAAUGUUUGACGACGAAUUGAAAGCGUACUUUUUACAAGAUGUUAAUGCUGCUCGUGUAUACAAACAAUUGUUCUUGAUGGCGGUACCGGGGCAUUUUAUUGACGGGUUUCACCUCAUUACAGAUAUCAAUCUGUGGGAUGAAUUUUGUGAAUUUAUCGAGGAAGCUUUCGAAAAUGAUUUAUCGGGCGCUUUGGCGAUGAAGCGAAGAUUCGUACACAAGGUAGCCUUCUUUUCUCUCGAAAGCAUAUCAUUCGACCCACAAUGUUACUUCGAUCUCCGCCGUGGUUUCGAUAGUUUGGUGAAAAUCAUGGAAUCGGUAUUUGAUAACCACGGACUGAAACGUGAGAAACUUGAAUUUUUCCAAUCGUUUCACGACUUAAAGUCAAGGUGUUCCUAUGUAAAUUUAGACGUGGAGUUCAACUCAAAGCUUAGGCAGUGGUGUUUUGGGGCUGACGAUGUUUCAAUGCGGGAUAUUGAUUUGGAUGUUGAUGUAGUCGGUUGGGAUGAUUUGGAUGUUGAAGAAAAGCUAAUUUAUCGCGGGAUAUUUGCUCCAAGGGCAAAUUGAUCAUCGGAGAAUUCGUAGUCAUAGCGUAUAUAGAUCCUUAUGUGGCUUGUGUUCUCAACUUGAAUUGUAAAUGCAUCAGUGUAAAAUGAAUAUAAAUUUUUACAACAA